UCGCGAUAUUUUGUUUUUGUGGAACAGCUGACUGUGCGGUGGGUGGUGCAAGCAAGGGAUUGCUAUCUAUUCCGAACAGUUUCAAAGCUGAGAGUGAAAACAAUCGGCAGACAGCUUCUUCAAUUUUAGUAUUGUGUAGGCAGCGAUAAUUAUUUACACUACAACAUGGCUGAGACGGAUCCCAAGUCGGUGCAGGACCUGACCAAUGUGGUCCAGACACUGCUGCAACAGAUGCAGGACAAGUUCCAGACCAUGUCAGACCAGAUCAUCGGGAGGAUUGAUGAGAUGAGCACGCGCAUUGAUGACUUGGAGAAGAACAUCGCUGACCUGAUGACCCAGGCUGGUGUUGAAGAGAUUGAGGCAGCACCGGAAAAGGCUAAAGAGGGUCAAGGCUCUUAAUGAAGGUUAUGAAGUAUUACGGUGUGAAGUCGGUCCUAUAUUCAGGAGCAGAAGACUUUUCCAUUAUGAAAAUGACUUCUAUUGAUUUGAUGUGUCGUUGUGUGAAAUGCUUUUUUAUAUAUUGAAUAUUGUGAUAAACGGUUACAGUUAUGUAAUGACUUGAAAAGUUGAACGUUAUUUGUAAGCUAGAAUAGUGUGAUUUGCCCUUCAGAACUUAUGGAUUUUUGUGCACAGACCUGGAGGUUAUUUGGCUACCAUCAUAUAUCAUAAUUAAUUAAAUCCCAGGAGGUGAUGGGGGACAGUUUUGCCCGAGCCUGUACUGAGAAGUUCCACCUGCAGGCUAACAGGCCAGUAGAACCUCCAUCCCUACCACCUUGGGAAAUAGGUGCAGGUAACAUCUGAAGCCAGUAGUGUUUUACAAACAGCGCUGUUACUACCAAGGUCUGGGAUGCAUUCCAAUUUCAACUGAUUUUCUUCUAUUAAAGCUAUUUAAUACAACACUGUCUGUCCUGUAUUACACAAUUAAUAGUUGGCCAGGUGCUGAGUGAAUUUUUUAAAAUAGAAAUAUAACUCCUAGGUGCUCAGUGUUUUUCUGUAUUUAUUUUUUUAACCAAGAGUUGUAUUUUAUCAUCCAAAUUAUCUGGAAUGUCUCAGUGUUGCAUGUUUUCUUCUCCUCUACAUUGUUUACAACGUUUGGAAGUUACAUUUUAGAAAUACACUUAAUGGUCAACUGAGCUGGGAAAUUGGGAAUUUAUCUUCUAUAAUGCUCAAGAAGAUGUUUUUAUCUGACAAUAAAUGUGGGUCGAAUUAGAGGUAACUGCAGCAAUGUUCACUAAAAAGUGUGGUACUUUACUGCACAGUAGGAACCUUUAUUCAAAUUAGUGCAAACACAAAAUUUACAAGCAAAAGUAAUCAACAAAAUUAAGUGCCAAAAGCAUCAAACAAAUGAACAGUAAACAAUCAUGAAUUACAAGACCAGUAGUCUGAACAUAUUAAGAAUACAAUGUUAAAGUUCUGUAUGUAUUAUAAGAUUCCUUAAUUGCAUCUUAGUAUGAGUUAAUGAGACUGGGGUUUUAGAUGUGUAAACUCAGAACUGAAAGUCUGCCUCCGUCAUGUCGAUGGCCCAGGCGAACUUGUCCCUUUGGCUCUUAUUGUAGAUUUUUUCUACAGGUACCUCCAUGUUGUUACACCUAAAUGAAUGGAAUUAACGAUUGUUAAGCAUAAUCUGCAAAAUAAAUAGUUUCACCCACCA